UACGUUCCAAAUUCUGACCCCUCCACUUGUCCACGCGCUGUAGAGGGGAGGGUUAUCCCUCUCCUCUUACAAUAAUAGAAACUACCGUUACAGUUAUACCAUUGUAUUCGACUACACAUCGAAAACAUCUCUAACUAGAUCCCUAUCCAAUCACGGACUCGCUCCUCACCACCAAAACAUGACACAACCACCAUCUCCGACCACAACCACCGUCGCCCCCACCAACUAACCCGCCAAUUCCCGUAAAUGGCGUCCCAAGACUCCCAACCAUUCCACUGGCGCUACACCGAAUUCGACGACCGGAACUUCCAAAUCCGUGGCCGAACCCUCUUCUUCAUCGUUGUCCUCUUCUCCAUCGUCCUCCUCAUCACCAUCCUCUUCCUCUACGCCCGCUGGGUCUGCCGCAUCCGCCACCUCCCAUCCGCCGCCACAUCCGCCCCGCACCGUGCUCACGCGCCGCCCGCUCAGCCGCAGGGGCUCGAUCCGGCCACAAUCAACAGCUUGCCGAUGACACUCCACCGGUCACCGUCAAUGGCGGGUCUUCGCGAGGAGCCCGAGUGCUGUAUAUGCCUCGGCGUGUUUCAAGACGGCGACAAAGUGAAGGUCUUGCCGGAAUGUCAACAUUGUUAUCACUCCGAGUGUGUGGACAAGUGGCUCACUGCUCGUCCGAAUUGCCCACUCUGUCGAGCUUCUCUCCGAGCUCACUCACUCGUUUGACUCGGUAUAUCAUUUUUCUUCUUCUCAAGAUAAUGUUUUUUUUGAAUGGUUCAAUGGUUUAACGUUCGAAUAUCAGUGUUAUUGGUGCGAGUUCGAGCUUCAGAGUAACCAUUCUGUAAAAUAUUUCCACUCUCCAGAUCCUGCGGUGGCGGAUCAGAAUUGGGUGGUGUUCACUAUGUAUAUUUAUAUUGAUGAAUGGGUAUAUAUGUGUGUGUGUGUGUGUUCUCUCUUA